AUGCGCUUCUUCUCAAGGACGCUAUGCGGCGCUCUCGCCGCGACGCAAGCCGUCAACGCCCUCCAGCUCGAUGUCAACAGCCCGGCUUCGAUCAAGGCGGCCGCAGGCACAGUCGCCUACGGAUUGAUGGAUUGGUACAAGGGCAACCUGACGGGUGGCAUCCCGGGUCUCUUGCCCGGUCCCUACUACUGGUGGCAGGCGGGUGCCAUGUUCGGCUCCAUGGUCGAAUACUGGUAUUACACCGGAGAUCCCACAUACAACCCACAGGUCAUCCAGGCCCUGCAAUUCCAGGUCGGCCCCGAUGAUAACUACAUGCCUCCCAAUCAGUCCAAAUCGCUGGGCAACGACGAUCAGGCCUUCUGGGGCAUGGCCGCCAUGAGCGCGGCCGAGUUCAAAUUCCAGAACCCACCUGCGGAUCAACCACAAUGGCUAGCGCUGGCGCAGGCCGUGUUCAACUCGCAGGCGCUGCGGUGGGACACCAGCACAUGCGGAGGCGGCCUCCGAUGGCAGAUCUACACCUUCAACAACGGAUACAAUUACAAAAACUCCAUCUCGAACGGCUGUUUCUUCAACAUCGCGACCCGAUUGGGUGCCUACACCAAAAACGCAACCUUCUUCGAUUGGGCCGACCGGAUGUUCGACUGGGUGUCGACCAUCGGCCUCGUCAACGGCACCGCUUCCCCCGGCAGCCUCUACGUCUACGACGGUUCCGACGACCUCCUCAACUGCACCGAGUUCGACCACGUCCAGUGGACGUACAACGCCGGCAUCUUCAUGCACGGCUGCGCCGUCAUGUGGAACCAGACCACGGGCGCGACCCAGGCCCGGUGGGAGGCCCGCGUGCAGCAGUUCAUGACCGGCCUGAACAUCUUCUUCAAGGACACGGUCAUGUUCGAGGUGGCGUGUGAGCCGCAGGCCAAUUGCAAUAACGAUCAAAAGUCCUUCAAGGCUUACCUCAGCCGCUGGAUGGCCCAGACCAUCAAGGUCGCCCCCUGGACCCGGCCCACGCUCUACCCGCUCCUCCAGAGCUCCGCUCAGGCCGCGGCCAAGGCCUGCUCGGGCGGCAACGCCGGCACCACCUGCGGCAUGAAGUGGACCACGGGCAACUACGACGGCGACUACGGCCCGGGCCAGCAGAUGUCCGCGCUGGAGGUCAUCCAGGCGAACCUGUUGGACGCCGUGGCCGGCCCCGUGUCGAACCUGACGGGCGGCACGAGCACGGGUAACAAUCUGGCCGGUACCGGAGGUGACAGGAACCCCCUCGCCCCGCUCAAGACCAUCAGCACCGGCGAUCGCGCCGGCGCAGGUAUCCUCACGGCCAUCAUCAUCGUCAGUCUCGUCGGCACGGCAUGGUGGAUGGUCGCUUGA